AUGGAGGUCGAGCUCCCGCCGCGGGUGCCGUCCCCUCCGGCGCAAGCUCCCUCAGACGCCUCGCCAGUUGGCGUCACCAUCAUCACCGGCUACCUCGGGGCCGGCAAGUCGACGUUAGUCAACUACAUUUUGAAUGAGCAACAUGGGAAGAGAAUUGCCGUGAUACUAAACGAGUUUGGAGAGGAAAUUGGGGUCGAGAGGGCGAUGAUCAAUGAGGGACAAGGUGGUGCACUUGUCGAGGAAUGGGUGGAGCUGGCCAAUGGAUGUGUCUGUUGCUCUGUAAAACACAGUCUGGUUCAAGCACUUGAGCAGCUUGUGCAGAGGAAGGAUAGAAUGGAUCAUAUAUUACUUGAGACAGCGGGAUUGGCCGAUCCUGCUCCACUUGUUUUUGUUCUUUGGCUAGACGAUCAAUUGGAGUCCUCAAUUAGACUGGAUUCUAUUAUUACGGUUAUUGAUGCAAAAAACUUCAGGGUUCAAAUUGAUGAGCACAAAAACUCUUCCUCGUUCCCUGAAGCAUUUCAUCAAAUUGCAUUUGCGGUUGACUUGAAUGAAGUAUUUAACCGGCAAGCAUAUGGUGCCAAGAAUUCAUCUCAUCUGCAAGAACUGCUGGACUAUAGUAAAUCAGUGCCACCUCGUCGCCGUCAUGAUAACAGUAUUUCCACCUUGUGCAUCUAUGAGCAGGAUUCUGUUAACUUGGCUAAGGUGGAGUCUUGGCUUGAAGAUCUUCUUUGGGAAAAGAAAUCUAGUAUGGACAUAUAUCGCUGUAAAGGGAUUUUAUAUAUCCAUGAUUCAGACCAAGUUCAUACAUUACAGGCAGUGAGGGAAGUCUAUGAAGUUGUGCCGGCUCGGAAAUGGUCUGAGACAGAGUCUCACAUGAACAAGAUAGUUGUCAUAGGCCGCAAUUUGGAUAUCAAUGUUCUUCAAGAUUCUUUUAGUGGUUGCAAGAGCUGA